CUAAGUUUUCGCUAUACGCUUACGAUGAUCAUAAACGGUUUACCGCGAUUGGUCUUCGCAGGGUUGAGUAGUGUGCAAACGAUGCUGUGUAAUCGUAACUCAUCGUCGGUAACACGUAGCAAAUUUUCUUGGAAAGAUAAAAGCGUCCGAUCGUCAGCCAACCAUACCAACUUUCUUCGUCAACUAUCAGUGGGAAACAUCAUCGAUUUUUGUGCCAACUCAUCGAGCGUGGCCAACAAUGACGAGCAGAUUACCAAUACGACGUCUUUUGCUAUUAACGGUUUCGGUCGCAUAGGUAAAUGCGUGCUCCGGUUGGCAAUUCAGAACGACAUGAACGUGGUUGCCAUCAACGAGCCGAGUGUCAAUAUCUCGGCGAUUGCCAACUCGUUCAAAUACGACACUGUGCACGGGAUGUUUCCCGGAGUCGUUGACAUAAAGGGCGACUCUCUGGACAUCAACGGCAAAAUCAUACGUGUGUAUACUGAAAAAAACCCCGAAAAGAUCAAGUGGAAAGAGUUGCCGGUUAAUUACGUGAUAGACUCGACUGGAAGUUUCACAGAAGUCAGCAAGGCCAAGAAACACAUCGAGGCGGGCGUCAAAAAAGUUAUCAUCAGCGCUCCGAGUAAAGACGCGCCGAUGCUUGUAAAGGGCGUGAACUUCGAUCAGUAUAGAAAAACAAUGUCUGUGGUGUCUAAUGCCUCGUGCACUACCAAUUGCGCAGCGCCUUUGAUACACAUUAUCAACAACACAUUUGGCGUGGAAUACUGUCUACUGACGACGGUACACGCCAUGACCUCCUCCCAAAACGUUCUGGACACAGUUAAACAAAGGUCAGCUUCUGGAAAUAUAGUUCACAGCACGACGGGUGCAGCGAAAGCCGUGGGCAUUGUAAUUCCGGAAUUAAAAGGAAAAGUAACCGGUGACUCCGUGAGGGUGCCAACGUUGGACGUGUCAUUGCUCAAACUCUACUUGAUUGUUAAAAAUCCGGUGAAACUAGUGGCAAUCAAGUGUGCAAUCUGGAAAGAUGCAACUCAAAAUAAUGAUACCGUGAUAUCCUACAUUGAUGAUACAGAAAAACUUGUAAGCACCGAUUUCGUAGGCAGUCAAUGUUCAGCCAUAGUUGAUUUCAGCCAGGUGUCGGUCAUCGGUGACAAAUUUGUGACAAUAGGCGCCUGGUAUGAUAAUGAAAUGGGAUAUUCGAGUCGGCUGUUAGACCUGUACACUCACAUGGUCAAAAUGGACAGUGAUAAUAUAUAGGAUAGAUAUAACUUCUAACUAAAUUAAUAGCUUUACAAUAAAUUCUAAAUAUUUUUUGUGUGCCGCUAGUAUAUACAAAUAUAUUAAACUUAAUAUUGUUAUACCCGGUUAAAAUUAAUAGUAUUAAGCCAUAAAAAAACGUUCCAAGCUAAUUAAAACCGUAUUUAUUA